CACACACACAACACAACAUCAUCAAACGACACAACACACUCCCCCACACACACGUCGUCACGCCCACAUUCCUUCGUUUCCUAGCACCAGUAUCAUAAACGACAAUGGCAGACGCCGAGGAUAUUCAACCGUUGGUUUGCGACAACGGAACCGGAAUGGUGAAGGCUGGUUUUGCCGGAGAUGAUGCACCGAGAGCGGUGUUUCCGAGCAUUGUGGGUCGUCCACGUCACACAGGGGUGAUGGUUGGGAUGGGGCAAAAGGAUGCUUAUGUUGGAGACGAGGCUCAAUCAAAGAGAGGUAUUUUGACUCUGAAAUACCCAAUUGAGCAUGGUAUUGUUAGUAACUGGGAUGACAUGGAGAAGAUCUGGCAUCACACUUUCUACAACGAGCUUCGUGUGGCUCCUGAAGAACACCCUGUUCUUCUUACUGAAGCACCACUUAACCCCAAAGCUAAUCGUGAGAAAAUGACUCAGAUCAUGUUUGAGACCUUCAAUACUCCUGCUAUGUAUGUUGCUAUCCAGGCCGUGCUUUCUCUUUAUGCUAGUGGCCGUACUACUGGUAUUGUGUUGGACUCCGGAGAUGGUGUGAGCCACACGGUUCCUAUCUAUGAAGGCUAUGCCCUUCCACAUGCAAUCCUUCGUUUGGACCUUGCAGGGCGUGAUCUCACCGAUGCCCUGAUGAAAAUCUUGACCGAACGAGGGUACUCUUUCACCACCUCAGCGGAGCGAGAAAUUGUGAGAGACAUGAAGGAAAAACUAGCUUAUAUUGCUCUUGAUUAUGAGCAGGAAUUGGAAACUGCCAAGACCAGUUCAGCUGUUGAGAAGAGCUAUGAGUUACCUGAUGGACAGGUGAUCACGAUCGGCGCCGAAAGAUUCCGUUGUCCUGAAGUUCUUUUCCAGCCAUCCAUGAUCGGGAUGGAGUCUCCUGGUAUCCAUGAGACAACAUAUAACUCCAUCAUGAAGUGUGAUGUGGACAUUAGGAAGGAUCUCUAUGGUAACAUUGUGUUGAGUGGUGGUUCCACAAUGUUCCCAGGCAUUGCUGAUAGGAUGAGCAAGGAGAUUACCGCAUUGGCACCAAGUAGCAUGAAAAUUAAGGUUGUAGCACCCCCAGAGAGGAAGUACAGUGUCUGGAUUGGUGGCUCCAUUUUGGCAUCUCUCAGCACCUUCCAACAGAUGUGGAUUUCAAAGGCAGAAUAUGAUGAAUCUGGGCCAUCAAUCGUACACAGGAAAUGCUUCUAAGUUUUAAUCAUGGCGAAUGAAAGCUGGACCAGGGAAAUUACUAUAUAUACUUGGUACUACAGAUAUACGAUCAAGUGGUUGAGGAACUUUCAUUUCCUAUUCUUUACCAUUUCUUUUAUCAUGUUUCUUUGUGUUUUCUUUUCUUGAUAUGUUGGGAUAAGAGCAUAAGGCUAGAAAGAUAUGUAAGAUUCAAAAUUUUCCCCCAUUUUGCUGUAGAAGAGAUGUGUAAUAUUUGUUAAUGCUUUGGUUUGGUUGAAUCAACUAUUCUUUUCACAAGUAUUCUGA